UCGUCUAAUUGCAAACUUUUCAUAAGGUAGCACAAAGUUUCACUUAUCCCUCUUCAAAGCUGUUGUUGAAUAUAUCAUUUUAAACUUUACAUUUUCCUCAAGCUAUUACUAAAUUCAGCUUACGUGUAUGUGUUCAACAUCUAGAGGUGUAUACAAACUUAUAAAGGAAGUUUUGGUGAUUUUGAUUGAUUACUCUAUACACACUGUCAUAAAUAAUCAUGCCGUUAUCUGGUACCUCAUCCCAAGACACCCUACAACCUCUUACACCCCCAGGUGAUCAUCAUCAUACAGGACGUUACGUUGUUGUUGGUGCAGUCUUGGCAGUCACGUUGUUGAUUCUACAUCACGUGCUGCUUCGCGAUACUUCAACAAUCGCUGGGAUUUGCAUACCUACUAUCGUAAUGAUGACUUACAUUCUUUGGGUUUUCUACUCAGCUCGCAAAGACAGACUAAAGACACGACGAAUGGCUUUGACCAUGCAACAACUGACGGAAGUGAUUAGCAAUGUACCAGGAAAUAUGAGCAAAGCAACUGGAGAUAGUCGAAGGUGUACGACUGAAGCUAUGAGAGAAACACAGGAAAGGAAUCCUGCCAUGACAAGUGUACAGGGAAGACCGGUGAUGUUGUCAACAACAAAGGCUUGUCAAACCAAUGAAACACAGCAACGUUUUAACCAUGAUCUUGGAAACAUCACGUGAAGUUUUUUUUAUCUAUUUCCCAAUAUUUAACUUUUAUUAUUUUAUCUUCAAAUAUUUUGUAAUUGUAUGUAAUAAAUUAUUUAUUAUUGAGAUGUAAAUGAUGCUAUUGAAUAUUUUUUCAGAAGAAUACACAGGUAUAGCUUAACAUAUUGAUUUGAAGAACUUUGUGUGGAAUUUAAUAUAUUAAAAUGAAUAUAAAUAGAACUAGAAUUUAAGUAAUUUUGGUAAUUAUGCAGGAAGUGAGUUCAUCUCAGAAGGGAAUAACUUUUUAAUUUAAUUAACAAUA